GCCGUGAUAACUUUUCUUCGAUUUUUUGGCUUUUGGCCGGGUAUGCCAUAUUCCAACAUUUAUUGGCUGAGUUUUAUGUUGAGUAUACUGGUUACACAGUACUUCCAAUAUUUAUAUGUAUUUGAUCACCUGAAGAUCAGCGAGUUAUCAAAUCUUGUUGACUGUUUGAUUGUGACUUUAUAUUACAGUUUGACAUUUCUUAAAUUGACUAAUCUGUUUAUACGUCGUAGAGUCCUUCAUAAAAUUUUAACGGAUAUUGGUGAUGAUUGGCGCGAGUGCAUCAAUGACGCUCAACAUUUGCAUAUAAUGACGAUCAAAGCAAAUGUGUCGCAUUUCUUUUCUAACAGUCUCUUGAGCUUUACAAUGAUCGUGGCAACAUUUUACGUUUCUGGCGACUACAUAAUUCGUUUUAUAUUUGUAACUGAGCAUUACAAUGAUACUGUACGGCAGCUUCCUAUAAAGAUACAAUUGCCUUUUGAAACUGAACAAUCGCCGAUGUUUGAAUUUCUCGUUAUAGCAAUAACUUUACAAGUGAUGUUACAUAGUGGCAUGAUUAGUAUUCUGAAUGGAUUGAUCUUUAUUUUG